UUUGCCCUCUCUUCUCGACAUCUCAGUCUUACCGCGCAAUACGAUCCCUAUGCCGCCGACAGGUACCACCAAGAAUGCCUCAAGCAUCUGACGACCGUCUCGAGCGAUUCUUCAGCGCUGACAAACGACGACUUGUUGGCCGCGACAAUACUCUUGCGGACCCUUGAAGAACUCGAUGUUCCCCUGAUUGGCAUAGACCACGAAGGCCACCUCCUAGGAAUUCAGCUGUUCAUGAACACGCCCAAUACAUCCACGUAUCCAAGUAGUCUUCGCCAAGUUUCGUUCUGGAUUGGACUUAGACAAGAGAUUUACAUGAGCUUUGUCGGCCAGAGACCCGUCAAGAUCAAGCUCGACCACCUAUUCAUCGACCGAUCAUUCUCUCCCGCGGAUGACGAUACGUGGGCAAAUCGCAUCAUCAUUCAUUGCGCAGAGGUCAUAAACUACUGUUUUGGAGUUGGUGGGCGUAAUAGGAACGAGUAUCAGGACUUGAUCAAUUACGAUCAGGCUUGGUUGCGGGCUCGACCAGUGUCAUGGCUGCCAAUAGCCUAUAGUGAACCCAACAAGAGUAUGGGCGAGGUGUUUCCAUACAUCGCAUAUCUCAACCAUGCUGUCGUAAUCGGCCUUGUACACAGUAUCUUUGCGAGGAUUCUGCUCAUGUGUCACGAUGACAGAGCACCACGAAUCGGGCCAUCCGCUCGACAAGCUCGGAAGAGGAUCGACGAUGACAUUCGGACACAAGUCCGAGAGCUCUGUGGUACUGCUCUUUCCAACAAGGCUACCCGGCCCGCAAUGUUUACCACGUGUAUGGGGAUUACAGCGUGCGGGGAUCGAUUCACUACAGCCAAGGAUCAGAGGGCGCUGUUGGACGUGUUGAUCUUGGCCGAGGCUGAGCACUCGUGGCCCACUGCCGCGGCACAGGCACACUUGAAGAAAGCCUGGGGGUGGGAUUCUGCAGCGGAUUCAUGA